UUGAACGCAAGAUGGCGUCUCGAUUAAUUCGCCGAUGUUAAAAAGUUUCUACAAAAAUUGGCGCGAAUUCUUUGUUCAAAUUCUGUCACUUUCUUUUUUUAUUGGGAGUUUGAAUACGGAGUAUCAAUACUAGUCUUUUUGCUCAAAUACCAUAGAUUACAUAAGUGUUAGAAAUGAAGUGUUUUAAAUUGUUAAUAUUGUGUUCGUUGGUGCAAUUGGUGUGCUUGCAGGGCGUAGGGUCUGGAUUGAAUGGAAAUUUGAGACUUUGCAUCGUAGAAGCACGCGGAACGUACAAACGGGCUGGAAAGUUCUGUCCCAUAUUAGACGAAGAACAAUCUGGAGUUGAGUGUGUUAUUGGAACAGACAGGCUAGAUUGUCUCCGGCGUAUUAGCAAAGGCACUGUCGACUUUGGUCCUUUCAGCCCUGAAGAUUUGAUUGCGGCGCAGUGGGCUAACAUUGACGUGCUGGUGACCAACGAAAUACCUCAUAGACAACGCUCGUACGAGCGUACCGUUGUCGCAGUGGUGAACCGAAGGAUCUUACCUGACAGUUCCUGGUCUCUCGAGGCCGUUCUGCGAAACACCAGCCUGUGUCACCCCGGGAACGGUGUCAAUGAUCUACGACCCUUAUCUGAUACAUUAGCAGGGUAUUUGGAGUCCCUCGUGAUAGCCAGAUCCUGUGAGUCUGGUCUCUCGCUCUCAGAGAACAGGAUCAAAGCCGUCUCCCAGUUCUUCAGCAAGGCCUGCAAGGCUGGUCCCUGGGUUCCAGACCAGAAACAGGAUGCCGAGCUUAAGCUCAAAUACAGCAAUCUGUGUGAGGCGUGUGAGACUCCGUCAUGCGACGCCAACGACCGUUACUGGGGUGUCACUGGGGCGCUCACGUGUCUACUGGAGGGGGCUGGUGACGUCAUGUGGGGGAACCUUGAUGAUGUACUCGCUUAUUUCGGGCUAGACUCUCAAUCCAACCAGCACCCUUCGAGUGACAACUUCGCGUAUCUCUGCCGGGACGGAACAUGGCAACCGUUAAAAGACAACCCGAAACCCUGUGUCUGGUUGAACAGACCAUGGCCCAUUGUUGCUGCUAAACGGAAAACCGCUGCUGCUGUUAGUAAAUUAGUCAGUUCACUACAAGAUGGCGCGCUGUUCGACGGUCACUGGCACGGGGCGUUAUCGUCACUUCUGGAGGUUCGCGAAGCCCCCACCCCUCUGUACCCUCCCCGCGCACCUCUCGAUCAUUUGGCGACUGCGCGAGGAUUUAGAGAGGCAUACAGUCAGAACGGUUGUGAUCCACCCAGGCACAUAAAUGUAUGCACGUCUUCGUUACUUGAGAAGAACAAAUGCGAAUGGAUGAGCGAAGCCGCCUCUGUAUACGGAGUCACUCCGCCAUUACAAUGUCUUAUACGUGAUGGCGUGGCGGGUUGCCUGAGAUCUGUCCAAUUAGAGGAGAGUGACGUCACCAUCGUUGAUUCUGAUUGGCUGGUAUCGGCUAUGAGAGACUACAAACUAAAACCAAUAAUGCACGAAGUGACGCCAAUAAUGGAACAAAUGGACACCGUGUUCGCUUAUGUCAGAAGGAACGACAACAUCAACAAGAUGGCGGAUUUACGCGGGAAAAGAGCGGCUUUCCCGCGCUUUGAUGGUUUCGCUUGGCAUUCUGUCAUAAAAUAUUUAAACAAUGAACAAAACGGCUGCACAGAGAAUUUGAACGAUUAUUUCAGUGAAAUUUGUGCCCCAGGCAUUGACAAAUAUAAUUUCACCGAAGAGGUCGUUAAGAAAUACACAAAAACAUGUUACGGUAUCGAUAGACGCCUAGAUGAUGGUGAAAAAGCCGGUUUCUUGGGACUAAUCCACAAUAAGACUGAUGUUGUAUUUGCUAGUAUUAAGACAUACAAUAGCUAUAAGGUUGAAAGGUCUCACGGACCCGCAUUGGGCAUUGAAAUAAUACCACUUUGUCUUGAAGAAAAUAAAAAGUAUUGUUACAUUAAAUGGGCAAAUAUUGGUCACAUUAUGACGAUAAAGAACCUCACAAACGUCCGUUCUCAUGAGAUCAAAAAUGUCUUCGGCAAAUUGGAUCAAUUGUUUGGUACUCAUCAACCAUUUCACAACCCAUUGUUCUCUCUAUAUGGACCGUUUAGUCAUAAUUUGGAUGUCUUAUUUAAGAAUAAUACAAAAAGAUUGGCGACGGAUAAAAUCUUCGAAACCCAUCCGUACGUUGGAAUGCCUCUCAAUUUCGAAGGGUCCUUGGUAAAUGACACAUUUGACAGCUGUCAUUUGUCACACAUUUUGGCGCUAAAUUUUGCACCAAAAUCGGCGCCUGUCGUGGCUAUCUUGACAUCACUGACUGUUGUAUCUUCGUUUUUAUUGUAUUAAAUAUAUAGUGUCUUUAUAA